AUGUCUCCUUCAUCAUCCACGUCAAGUCUUACCACUCUCGCCACACCCCCCUCCCCGCCCACGUCGAUCCUCAAGACUCCCGAUUCGCCAAGAUCCGAAAGAGAAAAGAAAGUGAGAUUCUCAGAGGAGAAUGAUUAUUUCACUAUUCCUCCUAGAAAACUCAAACACAAACACAAACACAAAGACAGAUCCGGGAGUCAACCGAUCUCUUUAUCCGAAUAUAAUCUCAAACAGAUUGUCGAGGUUUAUCAAUCUCCCCGUAGUUCUCACCCUCGGACCACGGGCGAUACCAAAGAUCUUAUGAAUGAUCAGUGUGUGUGGGGUAUAGAAGAGGAAUGUAUAGGUGAUUCGUAUACCCAAUCUGGCGUAGAGAGAGCACGGAGAGAACGAGAAGAAUGGCUUGGUAAACCGUCGGAUUGGGAUCGUACCUUGUCAUUUUCUAUUACCAACUUAUUCGACAGUAUUAUGGUUUUCUUGACUUUUGGAUCUGGAAAAGGAGUUGAUGAUCCUUCAGAGUCGAAUGAUAUGAAUGAAUACAAGAUUAUCACCAAGAGACGAUUGUUUAGACCUACUACGUAUAGUAUCGUGUUUAACGAUAUGACAAGAACAACCUCUUGA